CACGCCAACACACCACACUGAGUGUGAAGAAGAGUGUACUUGGUGUAUCACACACACGCACACACACAAAACAGUAAUAUAGCAUGGAGGUAUGUGAUGUAUCAGGCACCAGGAGGAAGAGGCGGAGGAAGAGGAGGAGUAGAACUACAGGUCCAAGCAGUGGGGAGGAUUACCAAGACCAAGUGGACUACCAUCAUCCCUCAAACCAUCGUGGACCCUCCAAGAGAAAGCAGCCCUUAAUAGACCACAAGAAACAACAGUUUCCGUGUCAAAGAAGCUCCUGGACUUUGGCUCGUAAGACCGCCGUGGCACGUCUGAACGAGCUGACACCUGGUCUGCACUAUGAGGUUACAUCAAAGACCGGACCCCCGCAUGCUCCUGUGUUUUCCGUGGGUGUGGAUGUGAGUGGUCUUCACUUUGAAGGCCGUGGGGCCACAAAGAAAAAGGCUAAGAUGAGGGCUGCUGAGAUAGCCCUUAAGUCCUUCAUCCAGUUCCCGGAUUGCUCACAGGCUCACACCAACAUGGAGGACAUCAGGACCACCAGUGCGGAUUACACGAGAGACCACUUGGACCAGUUUGAAGUGUUUGGUUCAGAGGAUGAACGCUGCACCUUCAUAAUGGAAAAGAAGAAGGAGGUCUUUACUCAAGUCCUCAGCUCCUCCCUUUUAGGACAUCUUACUCCGAUGGCGCUGCUCGACAAACUGCGACCAGGACUGCAUUAUUUCUGCCUGACAGAGCGACUUCACUGCCGGCCCGCCAGGAGGUUCAUGGUGGUGGUCAGGGUAGACGGGAGGUUCUUUGAGGGGUGCAGCCACAGUAAAAGACUGGCCAAAGAGCGGGCGGCGGCCUUGGCUCUACGCAGCUUGUACAACGUAAGCGUGGGCCCUGACAGGACGCUGAUGGACAUUUAUGACACCUCAUGGGAACUACCUCCGUUCUUUGCCCAGUCCAUCUUCCAGCUGGUGACACUGAAACGCCGCCAGCUGAUGGAUGACAGCGUCUAUGGCUACAAAGUAAUGGCUGCCAUUAUCAUGACCACAGGUUUUGACCCAAGAUCAGCUGAGGUGGUUUCCAUGGCAUCAGGGACCAAACAACUGGAUGUUUGCAGUCACGACUGUACAGUACGCGACUGUCAUGCCGAGGUCCUCUGCAGGAGGGCGCUGCUGAGAUUCUUCUACGCUCAGCUGGAGCUGCUCAGUCAUCCUGAGUCCAUCUUUGUCCCGUCAACAAGCGGCGGCGUCUUCCGACUGCGAGACGGCGUUCGAUUCCACAUGUACGUGACCUCGUCGCCAUGCGGGGACGCUCGUCUCAACUGUCCCUACGAGACCAACGCCUCAUACGCCAACAGAAGGUUGCACUGUCACCUCAGGAAGAAAGUGAUUGGGGGUGAGGGCACGCUGCCCAUCACAGCCAAUCAGAAGAGAGAGGCUGUGUUGUCGGGUAAACCUGAAGGCAGCAUGUCCUGCACUGAUAAAAUAGCAAAGUGGUGUGUUGUCGGCCUGCAGGGGGCGCUCUUGUCACACUUGUUGGAGCCUGUCUACCUGCACAGCUUGACCGUGGGGACGCUGAGUCACACGGGUCACCUGCACCGGGUCUUAACGCGCCGUCUGGCACCCGUCAGACGCCCCCCGUACCCGUACAGACGCCAGCAGCCGCUCCUCGCCUGGGUUCGCAGUGGCGAGCGGCGUGCAGCUGGGAAAGCAUGGAGCGCCAGCAUCAACUGGAGUCUCGGCGAAGAAGACGUGGAGGAGAUUAGCGCGUCGUCAGGUAGACACCUGUGCUGCGGAACCCCGUCGAGGCUCAGUCGACGUCGUUUGUUCGCCCGCUGGCAGUGGCUGCACAAGCAGAUGAGAGGUUGGACGCCAGAGGACGCCGAGAGGACGCACGCCGGCUGGAAGGAGGCAGCCGGACAGUACCAAGGGGUCAUGCAGCGGUUUAAGAAAGCUCUGCGUGGCGCCGGCCUCGGAGUUUGGACCAGGAAAGUUCCAGAAGAAAAGAGUCGUGUUGACGUCAUGGAGGGUUAGCUUAUUAGUGAGGAUGUGAGACACACCUUCAUAGCAUCUGCUUGAAAGCUCCAUCCAUCCAUUUUUCUACCGCUUAUUGCAGGGCUAGAAUAUUUUAGUUUACUUACAUUAAUUUACUUUAGCUUACAACGCAUCUAAAACAGUUGUUUGGAUUGUACUCAUUAAAGGGGAACAUUAUCACAAUUUCUGAAGGGUUAAAACCAACAAAAAUCAGUUCCCAGUGGCUUAUUUUAUUUUUCGAAGUUUUUCUCAAAAUUUUACCCAUCACGCAAUAUCCCGAAAAACGGCUUCAAAGUGCCUGAUUUUAACCGUCUUUAUAUCCACCCGCCUAUUAUCACCAGAAACAAACAUGGCGGGUAGUACAGAAAGGUAUAGCAUAGUAGGUCGGGUUCAGACCCGGAUUUCAGCGGGGCAAGCGAUUCAACAGAUUAUGCAUGUAUUGAAACGGAUGGUUGGAGUGUGGAGGCAGGUAGCGAAAACGAAAUUGAAGAAGAAACUGAAGCUAUUGAGCCAUAUCAUGACAGACAGCGGCACGAGAGGAAAAGCUGCCGAAUUCGGCGACCGCCUUCUAACCAACGAUUGGUAUGUGUUUGUUUGGCAUUAAAUGUGGGUGGAGGGAAAGGCUGGAUGCAAAUAUAGCUACAAAUGAGGCAUAAUGAUGCAAUAUGUACAUACAGCUAGCCCAAAUAGCAUGUUAGCAUCGAUUAGCUAGCAGUCAUGCCGUGACCAAAUAUGUCUGAUUAGCACACUCCACAUAAGUCAAUAACAUCAACAAAACUCACCUUUGUGAUUUCGUUGACUUUAUCGUUGGAAAUGCAUCUGCUUUGAGUGUCGCAGGAUAUCCACACAUUCUUGCCAUCUCUGUUGUAGCAUAGCUGUCGUCGGUACAGUGUGCGGAACAAACGAGGGAAUUUCGCAUCUUUUGGCCACUGGUGCAACUUGAAUCCGUCCCUGAUUGUGUUGUUACACCCUCCGACAACACACCGACGAGGCAUAAUGUCUCCAAGGUACCGAAAAUAACAGCUGAUUUGACUCGGUGUGUGUAAUGUGUUUGAGAAAAUGGCGGAUUGCUUCAUGUUGUGAAGUCACGGGUGAAAGGUCAUUGCUCCGACAGCGAACAAUUGAAAGGCGUUUCAAUCGCCAGAUUCACCCUUUUAGAAUUCGGAAAUCGGUUAAAAAAACAUAUGGUCUUUUUUCUGCAACAUCAAGGUAUAUAUUGACGCUUACUUAGGUCUGGUGGUAAUGUUCCCCUUUGAAAAAAAAAACUGUCCUUGAUCUUCUGUUGAUUGGAUGUACAUUUUAUCCAUUUGAAUAUUAAAUAUGAGUGAAUACAUGUAAAAAAAUAUGUAAUACAUCAUGUUUUUCCCUUUAAAUUAGUAUUAUUACACGUAUUUAUAAGACAAUUUUGAAUAUACAGGAUGCCAUGCAUGUCUGAACACAAAAUGUAUUACACAACUAUAAAUUGUAAUCUGAUAGAAAUCUGGUCUUCUGAAUUCAACGAUUAAUUGUAAUGCAUUUUAAAAUGAUUAAACAUGUUCAAUUCAAUUAUCGUUUAAUUUGUUUAGAGCAGUGAUUCUCAAACUGUAAUACUUGUACCAUCUCGUCGUAUGCCAAAUAAUGACUUAAUUAAAGAUUCAAACCAAGUGUUACUGUUCAAACUCUGUGUAAUAUAACAGUGGCCCAAAAUAUUAAAUAUACUUGUUAGAUAAAACCUCUGCCUUGUUUUUAAUGAAUAUUUAGACUUACUACGCCGCUGUAUUUUAAUGUUGGGUCAUUAUAGUGGUACUUUGAACGCCAAGGGUUUUCUGAGGUGGUACUUGGAGAAAAACAAUUGAGAACCACUGGUUUAGUGUAAUUUUUCAUUAACUAAUUAUCCAUCCAUCCAUCCAUCCAUUUUCUUCCGCUUACCCGAGGUUGGGUCACGGGGGCAGCAGCCUAAGCAGAGAAGCCCAGACUUCCCUCUCCCCAGCCACUUUUUCCAGGUCGUCCCGGGGAUUCUGAGGCGUUCCCAGGCCAGCCGGGAGACAUAGCCUUCCCAACGUGUGCUGGGUCUUCCCCGUGGCCUAAACACCUCCCUAGAGAGGCGUUUGGGUGGCAUC